GCAACACUGAUAGACAUUUCGGAAAUCGGAUUAUUUCUUGUCGUACAUUUUAUUUUUGUUUACAAAAGCGUAAAAAAUAUGGAAAACCCAAGUGUAUUACAAAAUAUCUAUGUAAAUAUACUGGCAUUUGGUGUGCAAUAGGAUAUAUAGAGGCUUAUGAGUUUCAAUAAAUUCUAUUUCCCAAAAUGGGGUGCUUUCAAAGUAAAAAAGAAAUAUCAGAUCAGCAUCCUAACGUUUUUCGAGUCAUAAAUAUUGACGAAAACGGCGCAGACCUUUGCUCGGGCCAGCUAGAAGUCACAGAGUCUGAAAUUGUUCUUUACCGAGAGGGCCGCAGUCCUGUGGUGUGGCCGCUGCAUUGCCUAAGGAGAUUCGGAUUUGAUGGUGAACUAUUUAGUUUUGAAGCAGGACGAAGGUGUGAAACAGGUGAAGGAAUAUAUGGAUUUAAAUGUCGAAGAGCUUCACUGCUUUUUAGGAUACUUCAUCAAAGAAUUUAUCAGCGCAAUAUAGACCGGGACACUGUACCCAGAUUAUCAUCACCGACUCUGGGAAGACAAACUUUGCAAGCCAGUGUCAUUCACAGGUCCUCUGUAGAUAAUGGCCAACCAAGUAAUACAUCUCACCUCAAUAAUAACUCUGAUGUCGCUAACAUAGACCGAGUGGCACCGACUCCCCAUUCUCCUUCUAGUACUGAUAUACUAGAGGUCAUGCCGCUAUAUCCUCGACCUCAUGCCAGCGGCAGCCAUGUUACUAAUAUUUAUCAGCUCAAAGAUUUUAAAAGGGAGCAUAACAAUAAUCAGUCUGAAGCUGGAGCUAGCGGGUUGCACUCCUACACUAAUGACCUUUCGAGAGACUUGGCCGAACUUCGAAGAGCUCUGAAGCAGGAAACAGCAUUAGACUCAAUAAGAGACAUGGAAGAGGAAAAUAUGUUUGUUGCAAGCUUGAAAGAAGCCGCUGCUAGUGCAGCUGUUACCGAUCCUAUAUCUCCAACAUUGAGUACAGUGAGCGAGCGCUAUGCCCAGUUGAACAUGGAACAAGGAGAUCCGAGAAUGUAUGUAAAUGUUGCACGCAGUGCCAGUAGCCCAGUUGAUGGAAAACAAAGUGAUACUGCUCCUCCCACCCCUCUUACUCCUAAACAAGUCGAGUAUUGUAAUCUGACUGUUGCCAAGUCAGAUACGAAUUCAUAUGCUAAUAUGAUGAUGAGCGACUUGUCAGACAAGAUUCGGAGCAGCAAACAAGCUUCGAGUGAGCAUAACCAAAAAUUUUCUGAAUCUGAUACUUUCACAUCUAUGUCCCCCGUGGAGGAGAUGGAAGUCAAUUAUGCUGUUUUAGAUAUCGAUCCCAAUAAUGAAGCAGGAAAGUGCUCCAAGGAGUUGGGAUCUCCCGACAACCAGUCCGUGGGUUCAAACGAUAACAGCAUCGGCUCCAGCUCCACCCAAACCCGAAAUGUGGGGGUCUCCAGUAGCACAUACGACAUUGAUGACCAAAUUAAUACAUCUCAGGCUGCCGCUAUUGGUUACACAUCCAUUGACUUUGCCGCUACGUCUGCACUGUCCUCUGUAGUGACCAAGACAGAAAUAUUCCUCAGUGAAGCUGGCAGGAAGCACAGACAUAACUCCUGCACAAUCUCCUGUGGGAGUCCAGGCAGCUCCGACAAAAGUAGGGGAAAUAAUUAAUAAAAUUUAAGAAUACAUGUAAGCACA